AUGGAGGAGGCAGGACCAUGGAGGAGGCAGGCCAUGGAGGAUGCAGGACCAUGGAGGAGCAGGACCAUGGAGGAGGCAGGACCAUGGAGGAGGCAGGACCAUGGAGGAGGCAUGACCAUGGAGGAGGCAGGACCAUGGAGGAGGCAGGACCAUGGAGGAGGCAGGACCAUGGAGGAGGCAGGACCAUGGAGGAUGCAGGACCAUGGAGGUGGCAGGACCAUGGAGGAGGCAGGACCAGGCAGGAUGCAGGACUAUGGAGGAUGCAGGACCAGGUAG